AUGCGGCUUCCCAGCCUCCCCAACGAAAUUAUCGAUCACAUAUUGGGCUUCGUCCCACAAUCCGAUCUUGCAAAGCUCUGCCAGGUUAACAAAUCUCUGCGCCACUCUGCUGAGCCUUUUCUGUAUUCUACGAUUUUUCUGUACUGGUAUCACCAUGAGAUACCUCCAAUUAUCCCGCUCCUCCGCACCCUCCUCGAGAGACCAGAGCUGUUCGUCUACAUAGACUCGGUAACUCUGUGUGGAACUGACUUUGGAGCUGGAGUAACACGUCCUCUUCUGGAUACGACUACAAUGCCCCUAGAUCAAUUCCAAGCUGCGAUCAAGCAGACCCAAGUCCCUUAUACCAGCUUGUGGAUUGAUCAGUUAAGGUCAGGCAGUAUGGAUGCACUUGCUGGCCUUUUAAUCGCCAAUCUCUCCAAGACUGUAUUCCUCGCCAUCACACAUAACUUCAUUGAUGAGUGUGAAAUCGUCCCUCGAGUUCUACAGUCUAAAAUCCUUGGUCAAUUACCUGAGUUUACACAUUUUGGCAGGCUGCCUAAGUUUGAGCAGCUGAGCCACUUGGUUUAUUGUAAGCAGAAGGACGAUCCCUUUGAAGAAUAUAACGAUGAUGGGUAUUUCAUCGAGGCUAUAUCUCUGCUUUGCCUUCCAACUGUCACAGACUUGGUGAUACGUCUGCCAAAUACAGAAGUAUUCUACUGGCCAUUUGGCGAGCCUAACCUUGACCAUCUGACUUCGCUCGAGGUCGAUUGGGUCUACCCACGUUGUUUAGCCAAGAUCCUCACCUGCACACGGAACUUGAGGACACUCACCUGGAUUUGGCAGUAUCAAGAGGACGCUACUAUAGGAUCUGAUUCUAUUCUGGACUAUGAUCGGAUCGUUACAGCUUUAUCACCACUGAAAGGCACGCUAGAGACCCUAUGUUUUCGGCUAGAUGAGGAGGUACUACAGGCUGCCGGCCCAGGAAUAGCUACCGUUGGAUCGUGGAACGGCCUUCGCGAUUUCCAACGACUGACCCAUCUUGAUGUGCCAUUGAUGUCUCUGACUGGCGUCGGGCCUGACCCUCAACCUAUGGAGCGCUAUAUCCCGGACAGGCUUGAAACGCUCUGCUUGUCACCUACGAUGCUUACCCAAAAAGACGCGGUUUUGUGGAUGUCUUAUCCAGAAGCAGUCUCAAAUCAAGAGUUCAAGAACAUGAGCAUGGAUGAGUCGACUCCAGAGCAUUAUAUCACUGCAGUAAUCCAUGCGUUUACUAGACAGUGCUCAUCAAGUUUGCCACGACUGCACUGUAUAUGUUUUGUUGGUGAUUAUUAUCUGUGGGAUAUUGAAAUAGAUUUUCUUAUGGAUCAACUGGGUGUUAAGCAUGGUAGCAUUGAGUUUCAUGUCAUUGAUGAGCAGUACUGGGAAGCACGCCAUCUACCAGGCUACCUAGACUACAUAGUAGAGAGCGAAUGA